AGUAGAGUUAAAACUGUUGUACGCUACGUCAUAAAAAAUAAACAUAUUUUACACUCAUUUACUGUUGAUAACCAAAUUAAGAUGACACUUUACAAUAUAAACGAGCUAUAAUUCUCUAAAAGCACCCUAGUCGUUUCUGUUUUAAUGUUGAGAAAGAAUCGGACAAACGAAGCUGUGAAUUAUGAGCGACAGCGUAGAAGAUGAGGUUGACGGCACUGUAUUCUCCAGAUUUACAGUUCCUGAACUACUGCGAGGCUUGUCUGGCACUUCCUCAGUCUGUGAUACUGAAGCUGAUGAUUUCUUUGUGCGGGAACCGCAGCUAGACGAAGAUCUGAUAAAGCCACAACAAAAUAGUCCAUUGAAUGUCAGUGAUCAUGGUUUAAGUCCUGGUGUGUCUGCUAACUCAAUUAAUGGUCAAGAUAUAAGAGAUGGAUCUGGUAUCAGUGAAAAUGAAGCUGAACAUAUAGAUUUGACUGAAGCCAAUCAAACAAAUGGGAGUAAGCUUUCAUUGAACGUCAGUGACAGUCGUUCCAAAAGACAAACACACGUCAGCACAGAGAACAUGGAAGAGGAAAGCAGUCCAGUUUUUGACAAUGCAGCAAAUGUCAAUGAUGUAUCUGCUGAACAAAGUGCUUGUAAGAGGAGAAUGUUGACUGCAUGGGGUUGUUUCAAAAAGAUAAUAUUUCCUGUAGCUGGAAUGAUUUUGUACGGUUGGGACAUUGUCACCGAUAUUAAAAUGGCAAUAAGUUACAAAGAAAGCGAUGACUCGGACUUGUUUCAUUACACGGUAUUUGCACUUGUCUGUCCUGCAUGCUUUAUCAUGGUGAUGGACAUCGGCUGGCUUCUCAUAGAUUACAGAUAUACCAAGAAGGCAAGGGAAUUAGGAUCCCCUAAUGUAGAAAUUGAACUAAAGACAAAGAACGGAUCAACAGCCAGUAACGCUGAGUUUCUGAAUAUUGGUCAAUUAAUGGAGUCAGGUGAUCGUGCAUUAAGUACAACACAAGAAAAUGGUCGCUUGGACGACACUACAACUACACCAACUGACGGCGAGUCGCUGCUUAGGAAAGAUUCGUAUCAACCGACUGAUAGUGGUGAUGCUUCUGGAAAAGAUGAUCGAUUUGAAAACGAGACUAGCGAAGGGAAGAUCUGGCAUGUAAUAUGGCACAGAAUUCCAAAUGUUUUUAAGCUGGUUCUUCGGAUCAUAUUUACAGUGAUAACGAUAGGUGUAGGAGGCAUGCUUUGCAGAACAUUUCAGUACACGUACUACUUUAUAAAGUCAGUGCUAACUAGAAGCCAUGCCCGACAUACAUUUUACAAGAAGAGAGCUCGACACUUACAAAGAGAUUGCUUUAUGAUGAGUUUUACUGAGGCGUUCCUCGAAUCAGCACCCCAAUUGGCAUUGCAACUCUACAUUACGUAUGCAUUUGACAGGAAUUUCACACCUUUAAGAGUUCAAAAUCUUGUGACAUCUGCGUUGAGCAUUACCUGGAGCUAUUCUGCAUACUAUCGAAGCAAUAGGGCGAACCUCAAGAACACGGAGGAUGUUCAGCUGAUACCUUUCUUGAUCUACCUAGUUUCUGUAGCCAGCUGUAUUGUACCACGGUUUAUCAGCUUUGUAUUCUUUGCUGUUUAUUUUAAAACAGUUGGGUUAAUAACUGUUUUGGGAAUAUUUGGCAUCCAUGUUGUUGUUGGCUUUAUAGUGAUUGCUCUUAUAGUGAAACCCGAGCUUAAAGGCACGGCUGAACAUCCCAUGUUCCGGUGGUUGUAUUACGCGUUCUUUGCUUACGUGAAGUUCUUCCUUUUCCUGAACUUGGAACAUCAUGCACUGUCUCAAGCAGACAAGGAAGAAGAAAAAACAAUCAGAAGAAACUGGUUUGAGGGAAAGAAGACGAGAACAAGAAUGCUUCUGCUCUACGCUUUAAUCCAUUUAGAGAACUUGAUUCUUGCUACUAUACUUGUAUCCUGUAGACUCGAUUUGAUGGCCGAUGGUUUUUUCGUUCUCAUUGUUGUUAUUAUAGGGGCACUUGUUCAACUAAUUUGUUUGUCGUCAUACUAUUUCUGCUUUCAUAGAAAUAGACCUGGCAAAUGUGUUGGUUGUUUGAAAAGUAGUUCUUGCCCAUGCCACUGUUUAAACAAUCUGUUUUAAAGGCUAUAUACAGACAUUUGUAAGAGUAUGUUCGGAUCAUUUUUUGUCUUCAUGUCUAUUAUUACAGUUUAUGUUUUAAGAUUUGAUCCAUAUUUUUAGUGCCUUUUUUAUCAAGUAUGAUAUUGGAAUCUGAACAAUCAGUUAAUCAAAAGUAGGAUUUUGUUCUGAAUAAAAGUAAAGUGCUACCAAAUCCAAAGCUUUUUGUCUAAAUACUGCUUGUUAGUUUGGUUAGGCGAUCAGACUUAUCCUUACAUUAGGGACUUGUAAAUGGUAUUGAAUGAUAAGCAUACACUAUGCAUGUAUUAUAUCAGUUGUGCCAUAUACUAUGUAUAAUUGAGUCUCAAUCUGCAUUACAUUAUUCAUGUAUUACUUCAAUAUUGUCAUAUAAACUAUAGUUUAUGUAUACCUUAGUAUUAACUACUUUUCAUGUAUUAGUGAAAUAUUGUCAAAUAAAGUAUAGAUUAUCAAUAGGGUAGUAGUAACCAUUAUUCAUGUAUUAUUUAAAUAUUGUUUGAUAUUGUAUGGUCUAAUUAAAGGGUAAUAUUAAUAUUUUUUCAUCUACUCACUUUUGUUGUCUUAGAUAUAUGAUAUGUAAAUAUACAUUUACUUUGUAUCGCCAGUAAGAUUCCAGGGAAACGGAUCAGUGUCUGUGAUUUUAGAACACACGAUCUUAUUGAAUAAUUUCUCUAAAUGAAGGAUAUAUAUUUUGAAAGUUUUACAACUGUAAGAUAUAUUUUUUUAUUCAAACAAUUGUUUUAAUUAUAUAUAAUAAUUUUAUUAUGAAUACAGAAACGUAUUGAUUGUUGUUUCUAGAUGUAAAAGACUGGUAGAGCUUGAAGAAUUUAUGAUUAAUCUUUCAACUUUUACGUAAAAGACUGGUAGAGCUUGAAGAAUUUAUGAUUAAUCUUUCAACUUUUACCAUGAGUCUUUUAAAUUUUUCUUUUAUUUUGUUUGUUUUUAUUUUUCAGUAUUGAAACUAGUCGUGAAUGAUAAGUUCCUCUAUUUGAAGCAUUGAGUUUUAUACUACCGACGACAAUAUUAAGAUUAUAAUAUGACCGUCGUUAGUAUAUUUUUUUUAUUACUUUGCGAUUAUAUUUUUGAUGCAGACCUUGUGUAGAAACAUGUUUAUUUUCAAUAUUCCUUAGUUAAACAUAUGUUUCUCUCACACUUCUUCACUCAUAACGUUGGAGGCUUUGUUGCUGUGGUGCAGUUUUGAAGUGUUUUGAAUUCAUGUUUGGUGAAUUGUUCAUACUAUAUUUGCAUAUUGUACAUGGCAUUCAUUUGUUGUUCAUUGAACAUCGAUGUUUCUAUUCAACCUCAUUGACCGGGCGGGUUUAACCCGAUAUUAACCUUGUGCCAGUAUAUUAAUGUAAUAGUCUUUAUGAAUCCGUUAUUGUAAACGGUUUGUAUAGCUUAAAUACCAAUCAUUUAAUGAAGUUAUAUCCAGGACGACUAUGGCAUGUACUAUACGUUAUUAAUUAGCUAAAUUUUUGUAACACGUUGGACAGACUGUUCAGAAUGUUGUUGAAGUUAACAACGUGAUAAAUGACAACGUUGUUCAUUUUUAAACGUGAAAAAGGUGAUGUUAUGCUCAUAUAUAUUUAAAAUAAAACAAGUACAGCUGAAACAGUUUUUAGCUCGACUAUUUGAAGAAUAAGGAGAGCUAUCCUAGUCACCCAAGCGUCGGCGUAACCACUUAUGUUAAAGUUUUUGUAGGAGUUUAUGUACCACCUCAAAUAUUGACAUAUGGCUUUGAAACUUUGCACACUUGUUCAACAUCAUGCCCCCACCCUGUACACAGGAGGAGGUAACUCUAUCAAUUAUUUUGACAAAAUUAUGCCCCUUUUUUACUUAGAAUUUACGUUUAUGUUUGUGUAUAACCUCAAAUAUUUUCAAAGUCCAUUGGCAUCUGGCUUUGAAACUUUGCACACUUAUUCACCAGCAUGCCCCCAACCUGUACACUGGAGGAGGUAACUCUAUCAAGCAUUUUGACAAAAUUAUGCCCCUUUUUCGACUUAGAAUUUACGUUAAAGUUUGCGUACCACCUGAAAUAUUUUCCAUUCAAUAUAUGUAAAUAUCUCAGCACCUCAUGUAUUGCAUUGAAAUCUAAUCUAACAUUGGUCCAUGCAUGUUUCGCCAAAACGGCCAAAACGGCGGAAUAGUCGAGCAGCGCGCGCUGUCUCUGUGACAGGUCUUGUUUCAAAUCUUGUUAGAAAUUCUGCAGAUCACAAUUGUAUCUAUUAAACUUCCAGAGCAGAAUAUAUUUGAAAGUUAACAGUUAUGGAGUAAACAACGUUGUUAACUUUAAUAAAGUUCUGGAAAAUCAGCCCGUUGUUUAUAUUGUAAUCUGACCUAUAUACAAUCACAAUGAGUAUAGUGGUAAUUAAUUAAACAACAUUACAAUCGUAAUAUGCAUUUGAAUUGUUUGUCAAAGGUCAGAUUACAAUAUAAACUUUGGGCUGAUUUUUCAGAACUUUGUUAACUUUCUUAAAAUUAAUGAAUUGUACAGUACUAUAUUUGAAAUCACUCACUUUAAAGUAAGUUAAUACCGGCUCGAAUAGACAAUGAUAAAAUGAGGAUUCGGUUUUAGCUAUUAUUUCCAAAUUUAAAUGUUUAUGUCAGUAAUAAAUCUUGAAGCACUAACAUGACAAUUGUGUUAAACAGAAGUGUUUUAGCUUCUUUCAAAAACAAGUCGUUGGCUUUUGUUCCGCGGCGCUCUUGUUUACAUAUAUGCUCACUUUGUAGCAUAAGUUAUUUUGUAUGUUAUAUGAAUCAUGUUAAGGAUUAAAUGGCAGGACUGCAAAAAGUGAUUUUACUCAAUUGUAUAGUUCUUUUUUAAAUGAAAUGUAUUCUUCUCCAUAUUUUUAAGAUUUUUUACGCAAAUAUGUUCUGUAUGCUUGACGCUUAUUUUGUAAUAAAAACUAUAAUAUCUCGA